AUGGCUCCUCAGCAGGGGUCAUUUUAUGAUUACGAGGUAUCAUUUCAAACAGCAUAUCUUGAGAAAGAAUAUGAGAAUACUCUUGGGCAUACAGUUCAUCUUCUAGACUCCGAAAAAAUCAGAAUACAGUGCAUGGAGAAAUUACUUCUCAUGUUUGAAAAUGAUGGGUUGCAGUUUCAAUUGGACCAAGCGAAUGAAUUCAUCAAAACGGCAGCAGCUUCCGACGCAUGGAAUCAGCUUCAUGAGUCCCGCAAAGAAAUAAAAGCUCUACAGGCCAUUGUGCAAGCUUCAUCACAUGAAAUUGAAAGCCUUCAAAAAGAACUCGCGUCACUGCGCGGCAAUUACUCUCUCGAACACAAUAAAUUAUUUGAGGAGAAAGCUCGUCUUGCGAAAGACCUGUCAACUGCACAGGAAGAGCUUGAGAAGCUGAAAACGCACAGCGCCUCCCGUGCUGCGCUACUUGUCGGACAGGAAGAUUUGGAAAAAAGAUUGAAGUCAGCAGAAACGCAGCUAGAGAAUGAAAAGAACGCACAUGAGCGCGCACAAACAAAAGUAUCACGGCAAGCGGAAGAAAUUACAACCCUUUCUGGGCAACUUGAAAAGACACGAGAGGAGCUUGUAGAAGAAUCGAGGACCAGGGAAAGGCAACAGCAAAGUAUGGAGCAUAAGCUCCUUGAUUGGGAAACUGAACGUGCGCGUUUUGAAGCGCAGCUAGAGUCUCUUGAGAAAAAGUUACGUUCGACCGAGGAUCGACUCCAAGAGUCCAAGGAUGAAUUUCAACGCCAUCGGGGCCACAAGAGGAAAGAUGAGGGCCGUGACCCUGCUGCAUGGACUCAUAAAAUUCCUCUCCAAGGGGCAGCAGCUCAUCACUUUAAUCCCGAUUUGACUAUCGCAACGCCUGGGGCUGUUCAGGUUCGUGAGAAAACGAAGAGGUCGUCAGCGCUUCCAGGCGACAAGUCGAACUUUUCAAUUACUCCGUUCCUGAACCGAACCAAUCGAAACUUGGAUUCUCCAAUGACUUCAGCGGAUGAAAUGGAUGAACUGGAUACAGUCAUUCUAAAUGAUAAUAUUGGGACCCCAUCGACAAGCGUUGGCACAUUCGAAGCAAAAAAUAAGGAGCGCCGAUUGGACAAAAUGUUGGCCGCGCAAAGUCUCCCUCAGGAUAGAGGGCAACGGUUUCCAGAUUCGCAUCGGAGGGUAUCCCCUGAGGUAUCAGUGAAGGGGGUUUCGAGUGAAUUAUCUAGGAAUAUAGACAGCGAGCAACAACUGACGGGUCCGAACACAUUGCAUAAUAAAUUCUCUAGCCAGCUCCCGGCCAAACCGAAGAGGCGCAGACUUGGUGCUCAGCGCGACAAGAAUAUUUUCGAUGAUGACGAUGACGGCCUAUCAGAACCAAGACAGCCAGUGCAGAAGUUGGCGAUUCACGGCGGUCUAUCGUCGUCGACUUCUGCUGGCGAUCGUCUUCGCCAAAACCACGGCUUCGAUAUUUCAAUGGGGUUUUCCCCCCUAAAGCGUGACAAGAGGCGCUCGUAG